AUGCCUGCAAUCAAAAGACAAACUACCAACCCACAAAGUCCACCAGAGAAUCGUGACCUCGCCUGGGGCAUCUAUAUUAUCCUCGCUAGCAUAGUCGGAGCAUAUGCUGUGCUUUUACUUUGCUUCUUCUUAUACCGCAAAAUCGGAAGAAGCAUGCAAGCGAGAAAAGAGCGACAAGAAGAAGGAGGAAGAGCUAGACAAGGUGCUGUCAAUGAACUUCGGGCCUGGUAUGGAAAUAGACAUAUGGACAUUGAAAUGAGCGACUACAGUGCGAGUAGAGCAGACACAAGUGUCUACAUAACGCCUCCACCGUCAGUAGUCAUGAGAUAG